UGUGUGUGUGUGUGUGUGUGCAUGUGUGUGUGUGUGUGUGUAUAUAUAUAUAUCCAUUAAUCCCCUCUCCUCUUAUAUUUCCACAACCAUCCUACUCUCUCACUCUCUCUCUCUCUCUCUCUCUCUCUCUCUCUCUCUCUCUUUGUGGUGUUUUGGGCCAUUUUUGAGAGCCAUGGGAACUCAAGCUACUUCCCCAGAAUAUACCAAACCUAAUAAGGAGCAGUCGGUCGACGAUUGGCUUCCGAUCACGUCGUCGCGGAACGCAAAAUGGUGGUACUCGGCCUUCCACAACGUCACCGCCAUGGUCGGCGCCGGCGUCCUCAGCUUGCCCUACGCUAUGUCGGAACUCGGAUGGGGACCAGGAAUAGCGGUGCUGAUACUGUCGUGGAUCAUCACGCUGUACACGCUGUGGCAGAUGGUGGAGAUGCACGAGAUGGUGCCCGGGAAGCGGUUCGACCGGUACCACGAGCUGGGGCAGCACGCGUUCGGGGAGAAGCUGGGGCUGUGGAUCGUCGUGCCGCAGCAGCUGGUGGUCGAGGUCGGCGUCAACAUCGUCUACAUGGUCACCGGCGGCAGGUCCCUCAAGAAGUUCCACGACACCGUCUGCCCCGGCUGCAAGAGCAUCAAACUCACCUACUUCAUCAUGAUCUUCGCCUCCGUUCACUUCGUCCUCUCGCAGCUCCCCAACUUCAACUCCAUCUCCGGCGUCUCCUUGGCCGCCGCCGUCAUGUCCCUUAGCUACUCUACCAUAGCAUGGGGAGCUUCUGUGGACAAAGGGAAGCAAUCCAAUGUGGAGUACGGGUACAAAUCGUCGAGCGCCGCCGGUACGGUGCUCAACUUCUUCGGAGCGCUGGGCGACGUCGCGUUCGCGUACGCGGGCCACAACGUCGUGCUGGAGAUCCAGGCGACCAUCCCCUCCACCCCCGAGAAGCCGUCGAAGAAGCCCAUGUGGAAGGGUGUCAUUGUGGCCUACAUCAUCGUCGCCCUCUGCUACUUCCCCGUCGCCCUCGUCGGUUACUGGGCCUUCGGGAACAGCGUCGACGACAACAUCCUCGUCACCCUCGAGAAGCCGAGGUGGCUCAUCGCGAUGGCCAACAUGAUGGUCGUCGUCCACGUCAUCGGAAGCUAUCAGAUCUACGCAAUGCCUGUCUUUGACAUGAUCGAAACUGUGCUGGUGAAGAAGCUUCAUUUCCCACCCGGUCUCGCUCUUCGAAUCAUCGCGCGCUCCGUAUACGUCGCUUUCACGAUGUUUGUCGGGAUAACAUUCCCGUUCUUCGGUGGGCUGCUCGGAUUCUUCGGAGGAUUCGCAUUCGCCCCAACUACAUACUUUCUUCCCUGUAUCAUGUGGCUUGCCAUCUACAAGCCUAAAAGAUGGAGCUUUUCCUGGAUCACUAAUUGGAUCUGCAUCAUUCUCGGAGUUCUGUUAAUGAUUUUGUCGCCGAUCGGAGGGCUACGGCAGAUCAUCAUCAAUGCAAAGACUUACAAAUUCUACUCAUAAACUAAUACUUAUCAAGAGAAGAACAGAUUAUUGAUGUGGGCUUAUAUUUUCACUUCAAGAGCUCUGAAAUUAUAUGUCCUGCAUUGCGAAAUAGUGGCUUACGUUUGGUGUUAGUUCCUUGUUUUUCAAUAAUUACGAUGGUUGUUUUCUUUUAUAUAUAUAUAUAUAUAUAUAUGAUAAGAGAGUGCGGAUUUAAUUUAAAUAGAAUUGUCAGUAUAUAUACAUACAAAUCAAUUUUCCUUUUUUUUUUUUUU